AUGCCGGGGGGUAUCUAUGCAUUGCUGACCCUGUCAGCCAAAUACCGAUCUGGACACCUAAGCUAUGAGUUUGACGAGUGUGGGGAAGUGCGCAAAACAUGUAAAUCGGACCACAACGUCAAAGCUGCCCCUAGUGCUUUUACUAUCAGGCUGAUCAUCGGCGACAAAAGCUUCGUACAGAUGCCAACAAUUGACAGACAACUGUACACCCACCUGGGUACCUACCCAGCUGGCCAUGCCCAGCUAGCGACCGCCAAACUCAAAUUCCCCAAGGAAUUCAUCUGCGACAACUUCGAGAGAUACAAUGAGUUCGGACCAUACCACGAUGAUCACUCUGGCCCGUAG